AUGCAAUUCUUCACUCUCCCAAUCAUUACCCUCCUCUUCACCAGCGUCCUCGCCAUCCCCACCGAUCUCGAAUCUCGUGAUCUCGAAGCCCGCGUUAAUUGUAAGAACAUUCUUCCAGCCUGUCAAGGAGGAACUGUUUCUGGUCAAACGAACUGUCGAUGCUCGGGACAGGUUGGAACUUGUGAUGUCAUGAACUGUCCUGGUGGCGGUUCUAAGACUGUGAUGGUUUGUGGCCAGAGUGGUACUGGAUGUGUUUGGAUCUAA